CAGCAGCUGAGACAGAGCAGCAUCAUGCACCAAAGCUAGGUUCCUUGUCAAAGUAUUUCGAUUUAAAACGCUGUCGUGUUUAGCCCUAUUGAAUUCCAACCGUCACGUUGGGUGCCGGGACUGUAUAUGUCGCUGUCUUUACCGAGGCAAACAUGUAGCCAGCCUAGCCGAGCUCGGUGGGUGAGAGGUGGCUAACAUUAACGAGAGCUAACGCUAAGCCUAUCACCAGCCUGGCCACUCAAACCUACCUGCUGCUGAAGCCACGCGAACCCAGGCAGACGAGACAUCCGUCAAGUCAAGCUACGACAUCAUCAAAAUAAGAUUCAGUGGCAGGGAAGAGGAGCCAUGUUGGAGUCUGUUGUAACUUCAUUUUAGCCCGCAAGGCUUAUCAAGCAUCCUGCAAUGCAGUUUAUAGACUUCCACAGAAGCCAAUGGUGCCUCUGCCAUUCCUACCGAAUAUCACCUCUCUAGUGUUCAAUACUGAGUUUCCGUCUACUAAUUGAACUCUUAUGAUGUGAAGUGGUUGCGGAGGGUCAGUCUCUGUAGUGUUGAGUGAUGGGCGCUUUCCUGGACAAGCCCAAGACAGAGAAACACAACUCGCAUGGUGAGGGUAAUGGUCUGCGCUACGGCCUGAGCUCGAUGCAAGGAUGGAGGAUGGAGAUGGAAGACGCUCACACAGCCAUACUGGGACUUUCUGCUCCUGGUAUGAGUGACUGGUCGUACUUCGCCGUCUUUGAUGGCCACGCAGGUUUCAAAGUUGCCAGCUAUUGCUCUGAACACCUUCUGGAACACAUCAUCUGUGCCAGUCUGGAAGCUGGAAAGAGACAAGGAUCCCUAACUGGAUCUGGAAGCAGCAGCAACAAUCCUGCGUCUCUGACGGUGGAGAUGGUGAAAACUGGCAUUCGAACGGGAUUUCUAAGGAUUGAUGAACGUAUGCGCAGCUUUUCCGAGGCCAAGAACGGCUUGGACAGAAGCGGUUGCACCGCAGUUGGAAUCCUCCUGUCACCAGAACACAUAUUUUUUAUUAACUGUGGAGACUCUCGGGCAGUUUUGUACAGAAAUUCACAAGUGUGCUUUUCCACACCUGACCACAAGCCUUGCAAUCCACGUGAGCGAGAGCGUAUCCAGAACGCCGGCGGCUCAGUGAUAAUCAAGAGGGUCAAUGGUUCACUGGCUGUCUCGCGGGCUUUGGGGGACUACGAUUAUAAGUGUGUGAAUGGGAAAGGACCAACGGAGCAACUGGUCAGCCCUGAGCCAGAGGUCUUCGUCAUGGUCCGGGCUCCUGAGCAGGAUCAAUUUGUGAUCCUGGCAUGUGAUGGCGUCUGGGAUGUGAUGUCCAACGAGGAGCUGUGUGAGUUUGUGAGAUCCAGACUUGAAGUUUCCGAUGACUUGGAAAGAGUUUGCAAUGAAGUAGUGGACACGUGCCUACACAAGGGGAGUCAGGAUAACAUGAGUGUUGUGCUGGUGUGUUUGCCAAAUGCCCCCAAAGUGUCAGAGGAAGCUGUGGAGAGAGAUACAGAACUCAACAAUUACCUGGAGACUCGAGUAGAAGAGAUGCUGAAAGGAGACGAGAGGUUUCCCGAUCUGGUGUCGGUGAUGAGGAGCCUAGCGACUGACAGUAGAAUGCCUGCUUUGCCCCCUGGUGGGGGGCUAGCCAGCAAACGAAGUGUCAUCGAAGCGGUGUACAACCGUCUAAAUCCUUGCAAAGAGGAAGACGGGGUGGGUAUUUUAUCAUGUGUAUUAGAGUUGUACAGCUGGGACACCAUUGCUCUCUGUCACAUUACUAGACGGACAAUUUAUGCAGGCAUCACUCUAGCUCAGGACACGUUCAUGGCACUAAGAGAGGACAAAGUGCAUUUCUUACUGAUAUUCUUAACAAAAAAUACUAGCACUUCAGUCAGUCAUGGUAUUAACAUGUAGGAGUACCAAUAUGGGUGUUUAUGCCUCUGUCCUUGACUUUGAAAAUGAAUGUGUUCUUCCUGUGUUAGUGGGGAAGUUGACUGUUGUUAUGUCAGCAUCAGCAGCACGGGAGUGUUGGUCACACAUUAGUCAAAGAUGAUCUUUUUAAACACCAAGUAUCUAAUUGUGUGUUCACCCUCUGAUCAACGCAGCCCUCCUGUUUCAUUUGGUAAGUUUUGACAUGACUAUAUAUGUUCCAUCCUUCCCUCUUCUUUCCCAGCCCUCACACUUACACACACAUAGGCUACAUCCACACUACUGUAACUGUGUUGAGGCUCAGCCGUCAGGUCUUCGUGUAGCGUCCCACUUUAAUGCUGGCUAGCGCUGUUUCCGUUUCCUGCUGUCAUUAGAUGAGUUGUCAAUGGAGAGACUGAAAACAGUGGUGUGCUCCAAACAUCUCCGGAGGAGGGAGAUCCAAUUUGUAACGCCUCAAGUUGAGGGUGUCAUCUCCUGGCAUGCCAUUCCAAAUUCCGAGAUGCUACCUCCAUGUUUAAGUGGAACACACCAUCUGGUUCACAAGGCUGCCAUCGGUCCUGCGGCCCCUCGGCCUGUUGGCUGGUUUUGUCCUCUGAAAUAAGUCUUAAACUAACCAUUCACUUUGACACUGCUAUGAUCCUGCUGUCAGUAGUCCAGUAGCUGUAGACAUAACCACUAAACAUUACUGAUCAAAGGUCACAUGGGUAUAAUUUAUUGCUUCUUGACCAGGCUUUUUUUGGUCCUAACAAAACACUAUAGCUGCUGGCCAUCUAAUUGCACCUCAAGUUUGCACCCCAUCUGCCAUCACUAAUAAAAAUAGAAAAGUUCUCCAAUGAAACAUGAAGUGAAGAACCUCAUCCUGCACUUGGUUAUGCGUGGGAAACUUAAGGAUCCAGAGCUCCAUAGGUAGCUGCUGUACCUAAGGUCACUAGCUACCUACCUCAUUGGUGAUUUGCUGCAACUAGGAGACAGAUCCACGCCAUCGACCCAAGGCAGGAGUAACAGACUAGUUUGUUGAAAAUUGGGGGAGAGCUGCUGACAACUGGUGGGCAACUUGUUAACCAUUUCGGAAUUUGCUAAACCCUUUAAGUGUCAGCACGACCAAAUUGUAGAGGAAAUUUUCAGACAUUUGAAGGAACCUGACAAUUCUGUUGACAUUUAAUAUCCAAAGAAAUAUAUUAAUAUAUGAAUAAAGAUAAAACAAAUGAAUA